AUGGAGUCAGUGGAUAAGAAACGAAUAGAUUCUGAUGAUAGCACACAACGAGUGGCGACCAUCUCAGCGAUCAUAUCGUUGGUGUGUGUUGCGCUUAUAGCAAUUGCGAUGCCAGCGUUUUACUAUCAACUGGAUCAAGCAAAGAGCCGGCUUAAUGAUCGAAUGGAUGCUUUCAAG